AUGCCAUCAGAAUUUCGAGAUAAUUCACCAAAUGCACAAUAUCUUGCUUCAAAUUUCAACUUGGCUACUACUACUACUACUACUGCAGAUGUUACACCUGCUGGUGCAUUACUACAACGUCAACGUUUUGCAUCAACAGCAGCUAGUAGUACUGAUACUACUCAACCAUUUGCCAUCAGUGAUCAGGGAGACGGUGCAAAUCAACAACAACAACAACAACAACAACGAACAAAUAAUGGUCAACGUCAAAGAACUACUACAGCAGCACACAGACGUCGUCAACGUCGUAAUCAUCAACAGCAAUAUCAGCAACAAAAUCAAGCAGAUGAUNAAUGUCUCACAUGUAAGAAGAAAUGUGUACAAUUUGGCUUCUAUCAAGCAAUUUGUCCCUGCAUCGUCUCUAGAUUUUCAGGUAGGAAAAUAUCACUAGCAUAA